AUGAUCGACCUCUCCAGGGUUGACCUGGCCGCGAUCGUGUUUGACUCGUCCGACGCCGCCUCCCUCUCUCGCGCGGCUGAUCUGGCCGCUGGCGUGGCGGAGAUCGCCGGGGAAUCCUUCCCUGUGGUGAUGAUAGCAGCAAAGGCGGACCUGGACACGGCCCCGGAGCUGAUGCGUGCGGCGGCGGCCGCCUGCAGGGCGCUCGCGCUGGCGGCGCCGCUGCGGGUCUCGGUGGCCCGCGGGGAUAUGGGCACCCCCAACGUCUUCAGGUAUCUGGCAGAGGCGGCGCUGCACACAUACGGCCACAUCCCCGACACGCCCGCCAGAAAGCUGCGGCGCCGCAACGCGCGGCGCGCCUGGAUCGGCGCGGGCGCGCUGGCGGUCGCCGCGGCCGCAGGGUACGCUACAUACCAUCACCACUCCCCCGUCGUCUGGCCCAGCAGCGGCAGCGGCGGCGACGGCGGAAGCUGCGCAGUCGGGGGCAACGGCAUGGCCAGCAGCCUCGUCAGCAGCAUUGGCGGCGCGUUGGGCAAGGGGUUCACGGCUGCGCAGGCGCUGGGCGCGUCCGCCGCCGCGCUCGCGGCGGUCGGCCGCGGCGGCGGCGGCGGCACCGGGGCGGGCCGGGCGGGCGCACCGGCGUGGGUCGCGCCCUGA